CAUUAUAUGAAAUUUUUUUAUUUACUAAAACUCUAUUCCAUAAAUUAUACAUACUAUAUAUACUUGGGUAAUGCAAUCUUUUAGAACACAAACAUUCGCUUUAAUAGAUUUAGUACACAAAAAGGGUAAUGAACAUGAGUUGAAUAACAACGUUGAAGUCGAUAAGGAAAUAAAGCAUCUGCCAAUGAAUGUAAACAAAAACUCAAUCAUUAAUCCUUACACAGAUGAUAAAUUAAAUGAAGAUUUUUCAAGAUUUUUUAACUAUAUAAUUGAGCCCAUCAAAAAGAUCAAUAAAAGAUAUACAAUGGCGUUUUUAACUAGUAUUGGAUUUAUGAUAUCUUUCGGUAUACGCUGCAAUUUUGGAGUAGCUAUCGUCCAAAUGGUUAACAAUUCUACUAAUCCUAAAGAUCGUAAAGAAAUAAAAGUUGCCGAAUUUGACUGGACUCCCGAAAUAAUUGGUCUUAUAGAUAGUUCUUUCUUUUGGGGUUAUUUAAUUACUCAGAUACCAGGGGGAAUGUUAGUACAAUAUUUUCCAGCGAACAGAAUGUUUGGGUUAGCCAUAGCAAUUUCUGCAAUAUUAAAUAGUUUAAUACCAAUAUCCGCUAAAAUACACUAUGGACUUGUGGUUAUCUUAAGAUGCUUACAGGGAUUAGUCGAAGGAGUGACAUAUCCAUCGUGUCACGGAAUAUGGCGAUAUUGGGCUCCCACAAUGGAAAGGAGUAAAUUAGCAACCAUUUCAUUUUCUGGGUCAUAUGCAGGAGCUGUUAUAGGCAUGCCACUAUCAGCUUUUUUAACUGAUUAUCUAGGAUGGCAAGCAUGCUUCUAUUUUUAUGGUGUCAUGGGAGUAUUAUGGUUUGUUUUUUGGUGGUAUAAUUCUUAUGAAAAACCGGCAGAUAACCCUUACAUAACAUACGAAGAAAAAAUUUAUAUUGAAAGCAACAUUGAAAAGAUAGAUUCGAGAAAAUCGUUCAAAUUUCCGAUAAAGGCUAUAUUUACAUCUCUACCUGUUUGGGCAAUAAUUGUAGCCAAUUUCUGUCGAAGUUGGACAUUUUAUUUGCUUCUACUGAGUCAACCUAGUUAUUUUCGCCAAGUAUUCCGCUUUGAUAUAUCUAAAGGUGGGCUAUUGGCUGCCUUACCUCAUUUAGUAAUGACAAUCAUAGUUCCAUUUGGAGGACAACUUGCUGAUUAUUUACGCCAGAAUUAUUUUUCAACUACAGUGGUGAGGAAAUUGUUUAAUUGUGGGGGUUUUGGAAUGGAAGCCGUAUUUUUGUUGGUCAUCGGCUACACCAAUAAUACAAGGAGUGCAAUAACUGCUCUAACAUUAGCAGUCGGUUUUAGCGGCUUUGCCAUAUCUGGUUUUAAUGUAAAUCAUUUGGAUAUAGCUCCUAAAUAUGCAAGCAUAUUAAUGGGAAUAUCUAAUGGAAUUGGGACUUUAGCAGGAAUGAUAUGUCCUAUUGUGGUUGAAAAGAUUACCAAACAUGAAACAUCUGAAGAAUGGAAGAAAGUUUUUUUAAUAGCCAGCAUAAUACACUUUUUCGGUGUUGUUUUCUACGGUAUAUAUGCAUCAGGCGUCAAACAACCAUGGGCGGAUGCUCUUUAUUUAGAUGAUAUAGAUAAUACUAGGUAUGGGUUUGAAAAAUUUAAAGCAUUGUUGUCAUAUCGUGACAAGGAUACAAAUAUGUCUAUUAAACAUCAAAAUAAUUCAGAACUCAAAAUAAAUGGAAAAUUAAAUAUAACUCAAAGGAAAGAUUUUGAAGAUCGCAAAAGUCACAUUCCAUUUAAUGAUGAAAAUAAUAUUAAUUUCGUGAUAAAAAAAAGUAACUUUAAUGAUAAUCAAACGAUAAAUGGAGAACAAUUUGGACAGAAAAUUAAUAGAUAUAAGAUAGCUAAAAAUGAUUUUUAUCAAUGCUAA